UGGUUAAUCAAAACAUCAUGGCGGCUGGUUUCAAGACUGCAGAGCCUCUGGAGUACCACAGGAGCUUCCUGAAAGAAAACUGCCGACCUGAUGGACGGGAGCUGUUAGAAUUCAGAACCACAACACUAAACAUAGGGUCCAUAUCCACAGCAGAUGGCUCAGCCCUGGUGAAGGUCGGGAACACCACAGUCAUCUGUGGCAUCAAGGCGGAGCUUGCAAACCCUUUAGUGGAGACACCUGGUAAAGGAUACAUAGUGCCCAAUUUGGACCUGCCGCCGCUGUGUUCCUCUCGGUUUCGGCCGGGUCCACCAGGAGAGCAGGCGCAGGCUGCCAGCCAGUUCAUCGCUGAUGUAAUCGAAAGCUCUGAGGUGAUACAAACAGAGGACUUGUGCAUCGACAGGGGAAAGCUCUGCUGGGUGCUCUACUGUGACAUGAUGUGUCUCGACCACGAUGGGAACGUGUUGGAUGCUUGUAUCAUUGCCCUGCUGGCUGCCCUCAAGAACACACAACUCCCAGAGGUCACCAUCAGCACAGAGACCGGCGCACCACAAGUAAAUUUAGAAAAGAGACGUGGGCUGCAUAUUCACAAACAUCCAGUUGGCGCCUCUUUUUGUGUCUUCGAUGAUUCCAUACUGAUCAUAGACCCCACAGCUGAGGAGGAGAGUCUGUCGACCGCUCACCUCACUGUGGUGACAGAUGAAGAGGCUCGACUCUGCGUUGUACACAAACCAGGUGGGACGUCACUGUCGGCAGAGAAGCUGCAGGAGUGUAUCAGCAGAGCAACAGCACGACAAAGAGAGAUCCAGAAACUCAUCGAUAAAGUCAUACAAAGUGUUAAGACAGCGCAAUAAAGAGCCUCAGACAACGCUUUUUAUCUAAAAG